CGUUCUUGGCCUGACCAGUCAGUUGUCAACAGAGAUAGACUCCGGAUCAUACCACCAUCAAUUUCGAUUGGAGGUGAUUGCGCUUUGUCUAUAUGUUUCACUCUUAACGGUCAUGCAAUAUUUGAGCUUCGAUGGAUAGAGCACCGCAGAGGAAUGGAAUCAAAUCACUGCCCUGAUACCUCGAAAACUCGUUGAGGCCUAUCAACUUUGGCGAGAGAAUCCGGCAGACCUAGUCCGGUAGAGCUAUUAUCACUCGCAAUCAUGAGUGCAUCCCGAGCAGGCCGAGCAGCCUUGAAGAAGGCUAAAGUGCCUGUGUCCGUUCCCAAGAUCCCGGCUGUAGAAAGACCAAGCUCCAACCGUCCGGCAGCUCCUGUGCUGCCGAAGCGGGCCAACCCUCAUUUGUUGAAUCUCAAGCCGGAGCCUGAGACCCCUCGACUGUCUCCCCGAGCCAUGACUGUCCUGGGUGUUACGGCGCUCACCAUUAGCACCUACUGCGGCUAUCUCUACGCUUCCUACAGGCGGGAGGUAACUGAGGUGCAGUCGCUUGAUGUUCCCCAGGAUGUAUCAGACCGGUACAACCGCACCGCACCCAACUUUGACGCUGAAGUCGAAAUGUCAGAGAAGGUGAUGCGUAUGGGCAAGAAACGACAAGACCUUGUCCGGAGGGCGCGCGGGGAUGUGUUGGAGGUGAGCUGCGGUACAGGUCGUAACCUGGAGUACUACGAUCUGGGGGAAAGACGCGGUUUUGAUGAAGAUGGAAAAGCAGUGGUCCGAGGCUGUCGCUCCGUCACCUUUGUCGAUCUCAGCCCGCAAAUGAUAGAAGUCGCGCGCAGCAAGUUCGAGAAACUCCAUCCGAACUUCAAGAACGUGACAUUCCGUGCACAGGAUGCAAAGGACGUCGUUCCCCCAUCGGUGGGAGCGAAGCCAGCAUACUACGAUACCAUCGUGCAGACUAUGGGAUUAUGCUCGAUGCCGGAUCCUGUAGGCACCCUGCGCCAUUUGGGAUCGAUUACAGAACCACACAAGGGGCAGAUAUUGCUGCUCGAGCAUGGUCGGUCAUACUACGACUGGCUAAACAAAAUCUUGGACAAUCUGGCUCCCGCGCACGCGGACCGGCAUGGGUGCUGGUGGAACCGGGAUAUUGGCGACAUUGUUCAGCAAAGUGGGUUGGAAAUCGUGGAGGAGAAACGGUGGCACUUUGGGACAACCUGGAAGUAUGUCCUGAGGCCGGUACGUGAACGUCAAGAUGCUAAACAAUGACGAUCGGGAUGCAUUGGCAUAGUUAGCAUAACAUUGUAUAUUUAGAUAGACUUGAGUCUGUACGAUCUGUAACUAUAUGAAAGACAAGUAAUGGCGCAUGACAUGGCUCCGGAGUCGAUCACUGCAUCAAUAUCC